AGUGAUCGGGUGAAAGUGAAUCGCACAGUGAAUCCCGCAUGAUUGACGAUCGUAACUCGAUCGAGUACGGUGUGUGAUCGAGGAGCAGUUUGAAGUUUUGCAGUAAAGUUAAGUGAACGGUCACAAAAUGAGUACCGGAGGUGGUGGUGGCAGUGGUGGAGGCGGUGGCAGCGGAUCCGGCCCGAUGGGUCGUAUCGUCGACAAAAUCAAGCGAACGAUGACCAACGAAGGAGGAGAUGAGAUCCGUGAUCCACUGCAGUACGGCUAUCAGCGUGUUAACACGGCCGAAGGAUCGCUCUCCACCUCGACGACGGCAACCAGCCUGGACACGAUCGUGCUCGACACCAACGCUGAGGAUCUGGCCAGUGUACCGCCGCGCGCACAGCACCAACCGCAGCGAACAUUCAGCCCGAUCCUCGAGACGGACGAUACGAAUCCGUUCCUCGAGGCGGGUGAAAAAACCAAAUCCAAAUCGUCGCUCAAGAGUUCGCGCGUUUCGUUCGACCAGGAGGAGGACCGGUUCGAUGAGGAUGAGAACAGCUUCCGCAAGCAGCGGGAACACUUUCAGAAGCACAAAAGUCACAGCACAUCCGAGCACAAGACACAGCUAAUCAAGGAACUCCGACACCUGCUAGCGACCGACAACCGAAGACAGUUCCAGGGCAAGAAGCAUGUAUCGCUCGAUGUGAAGAGCGCCAAGGUGCUGGAGCAGCUUCUAAAGGCUUCCUCAUCGUCGGACGAUUUCGAGGGCCAGCGGAAAGAGUUUCAGGAGCGCAAACACAAGAGUCUCGAUGCGCGGCACAUUUCGUUCAAGUUCGACAAGGAACCGUCGCCGUCUAGCAGCGAGGAAGACUUUGAACCCUCCACCAGUCUGCUGCGGAUUGAUGCCGACAUUACCAAGCCCGUCAUCAUUGACCUGAAGGAUCUGGAUUCGAGCGACGAGGAAGAUUACAUCAGCUCACGCAAACAUUUCCAACAGUCCAAGUCGAUGAGUACGGAUUCGCGGAAAAGCAUCCGCUUUCUGGAGAUGGAAAUGGGCACGAAGGAGGAAAACAUGCGUACCGCUGUACCGUUCGUGCGACAGAUUACGGAGGAGGGCAAACCGAAGCUGGAGGUGUACCGGCCAACCACCAAUCCUAUCUACAUCUGGACACAGGUACUGGCCGCCCUGUCGGUGUCGCUCGGAUCCAUGGUCGUUGGAUUUUCAUCCGCGUACACCUCACCCGCCCUGGUAUCGAUGAAGGAUCGCAACAUUACAUCAUUCGAAGUGACGGACCAAUCGGGCUCGUGGGUCGGUGGUAUUAUGCCGCUUGCCGGUCUGGCCGGUGGCAUUCUCGGUGGACCGAUGAUUGAGUAUCUGGGGCGCAAGAACACCAUCCUGGCGACGGCAACACCCUUCAUCAUAUCCUGGCUACUGAUCGGUUGUGCUACCCACGUGGCAAUGGUCCUCGUCGGUCGUGCCCUAUCCGGUUUGUGCGUCGGUAUUGCUUCGCUAUCGCUUCCGGUCUAUCUCGGCGAAACGGUACAACCGGAGGUUCGCGGCACACUCGGUCUCCUGCCAACGGCGUUCGGUAACAUUGGCAUUCUGCUGUGCUUCGUCGCCGGCAAGUACCUGGACUGGUCCGGGCUAGCGUUCCUCGGUGCGGCACUGCCCGUGCCAUUCCUGAUCCUGAUGUUCCUUAUCCCUGAGACACCUCGCUGGUACGUGUCACGCAACCGGGAGGAGCGUGCCCGUAAAGCCCUGCAGUGGCUGCGCGGUCGUAAGGCGGACGUGGAGCCAGAGCUGAAGGGUAUCUCCAAGUCACACCAGGAAGCGGAACGACACGCGUCCAAGAGUGCGAUGCUGGAUCUGUUGAAAAAGUCCAACCUGAAGCCGCUGCUCAUCUCGCUCGGGUUGAUGUUCUUCCAGCAGCUGUCCGGUAUUAAUGCGGUCAUCUUCUACACGGUGCAGAUCUUCCAGAGUGCCGGUUCGACGAUCGACGAGAAGCUGUGCACGAUCAUUGUCGGUGUGGUGAACUUUAUCGCAACGUUCAUUGCGACGAUACUGAUCGAUCGGUUGGGCCGCAAGAUACUGCUGUACAUCUCGGAUGUGGCGAUGAUCAUUACGCUCAUGACGCUGGGCACGUUCUUCUACAUGAAGAAUAAUGGGGACGAUGUGUCGCACAUCGGUUGGUUGCCGUUGGCUGCGUUCGUCGUGUUUGUGGUCGGUUUCUCGCUCGGCUUCGGUCCGAUUCCGUGGCUGAUGAUGGGUGAAAUUUUGCCCGGCAAGAUUCGUGGUUCGGCUGCAUCGGUUGCGACGGCGUUCAACUGGAGCUGCACGUUCGUGGUCACGAAAACGUUUGCUGACAUUACGGCUUCGAUCGGCAAUCAUGGUGCGUUCUGGAUGUUCGGUUCGAUCUGUGUGAUCGGUCUGAUGUUCGUGAUCGUGUACGUCCCGGAGACGCAGGGCAAAUCGCUCGAGGACAUUGAGCGCAAGAUGAUGGGCCGCGUGCGGCGUAUGAGCUCGGUCGCCAACAUUAAGCCACUGUCGUUCAACAUGUAAGCAGGGUCGGUGGUGCUGAGAUGUUGCCCGGCGUUCGCGCAGUGCUCUCCGAGGAAUUUCUAAGGUGUCCGGGAGAUUGCGUAUGGCACAGCUGGCACCCGGUAGUGAGAGCGCAGCAUACAAGUACUAGAAUGUGAUAUGAUCCAAUAGAUUCUGUUUUGCCGCCAGUGGCAGGAUUUACUCGAUUUCGUUUGUAGGUUUUUAGCAAGCAUCCAAUCCAACGAUCUUCGUUCUUUCCCUCUCUCUUCCUCUGUAUUUUAUUUUGGUUUCUUCCGAACAGUAGGAUGUAUGUGUACAAGAGGGAGCUUCAAAUUUUAAACCAAAAAAGCGCAGGGCACUAUUAGGUACUAGUGGUAGUUGUAGAGGUAGCACAGACACAAGACAUACAUGUUCCAAUCAAAUUGGACACUUCAGCUUAUAGAUGCUUGACACAGGGGAGUGUGGAAUUUAUUCACCUCCCCUCAAGAAUACUUCCGGAUGCGUGCUGUUUUCAAACCUGGACUGCAUUCGCGGUGCUUCUAAAGUAAUUUUUUAAUGAUCGAUCGUAAGUUUAGCGUGCCAGACGCGGGUGCAAAACAGAACCUUUUAGUCUAGAAGAAUAUUAGAGUCUACCAGUCAGAGAGAUAGAGAGAGAGGAGGGAGAGUGCUGUGAACAUUCGUUCGUUCUGCCUUUGAUAUUGACGCUUUAAGCGACAAACCGGAGAGGUGGCGAAACAUUUUAAAACUCACAGAAAGAAUGAGCGUGCAUGAGAGUGUAGAAGGAAUGACAGGGUUUACUAUUUUUUGGAUUAGUUAUUAUAGAAAACAUUUAAUGCUUUAGUUUACAGAUGAAUAUGUUCUUCUUCUUUAAUGCAAAAAUGUUUGUUUUUAAACGAUAAAGUAGGAAGAGCGGUGGCAAAAACCCGGCCCCGUACCUUCCCGAGAGUAUGCGAAUGUAUAUAGUGUACGAGACAACACACAACACUGGUAAUUAAAUUGGAACACAGAACCUAUAAAAAUUGCACACAAAUACCAUAAGGCCAACCAUUUUGUACCAGCUGGUGGGAUAUAUAAAAUUUAACCUGAACAUGACACCGUGCGAGAACGGGAGAAUAGAUUCACUUGCUUUGGUGAACACGUCGUGGUUCGAAUCUCGAGUGCGCGCACGCCGAAGGAUGUUAAUAAUAUUUAUUGCAACGCAUCGCAUCGCACAACACCCGCGCAUGGAUAGGAGAGCAUGGGUUUAAGUUUGUCUAAUGUUUUGUUUCCCAAUCUUGAGAUUAGAGCUGCGAUGCGCACAUCGAAUAUUGAUUUGAAUAAAGGAAGAAACGAAAACCCGUAAUCAAUUUGCUAAGAAACAAAGGAUUCAAUCGCGAUUUAAUGGGUGGCAAAAGGGGGCACAUUCUUGUUCAUACAUGUGCCAACGGCUACGUUUUAUGAGUUCUUAUUUAGCUAGAAAAGAUUGCUUUCGUUUGCGUUUCGUGCAUUAGAAAAUAAUACACGGCAUAUUUUGGUAAUCCGAACAGAACAAAGGAAAAUAAAAAAAAAAUUAUUAAACUGUA